CGCACGUGGUGGGAGACGAACCCAGAGCGUUCCGGCUGGAAUAGGACGUUCCUGUCGGACGAAGGGGCGGACGAGUACGUGCGUUCGUACCUCGGCCCUCCAGGGGAAAGCGAGCUCGCAUGGGUGUGGAAUAUACUGCCGAAAGGAGUGUUGAGGAGCGAUAUGCUCAGAUACCUCGCGCUGCUCCUCGAGGGAGGGGUGUACAGCGACACGGAUACCAUCUGCCUGAAGCCUAUUUCCCGGUGGGGCAGGGGGGCGCAUCUAUGGCCCGUCGAAGGAGGGGCAGAGAUGUAUGAGGGAGACGAGGAGGAGUCUGCUGCUGGCCUCCCGCCAAGAGGGGUUAUCGUAGGUGUCGAAGCGGACGUAGGCACCAGACCAGACUGGCACGACUGGUGGCCCCGGCCUCUUCAAAUCGUUCAAUGGACACUCGCAGCCCCUCCACACCAUCCGAUCAUGCUCGACGCGUUACGCCGGAUCCACGCAGCGACGGCCUUCGCAGCGUCCUGGGUCGUACUCCAGAACGCUACCCAUCCGGCCGGUAAGCCGCCCCACAACCGGCCCUGGGAACUCCGAGACGCGCGGGAAGAACAUGGAGGGCCGAUGAGCGUGAUGGAGUGGACUGGGCCGGGGGUGUUCACGGAUUCGGUCAUGAGUUACUUGACGUGGGGCACGGGAUGUGAGGGGCAGUGUGAGUCGGCGUUCGUUUGGCCUCUAUUGAGAGGCGUGGAGAGGCCGGUGAGGUUGUUGGAUGUCACUGUUUUGCCUGUUACUGGUGCGUUGCCC